CAAGAAGACCCUCUCACCUAUAAAUACCCUACACCACCAAUUCAUCAAACUAAUCUUUCAAUUUCAACUAAUCUUCUUUCAAAAUUCAUCAAAAUGCAUCCACAAGCAACAAUCGAAGAAGAGCAUGAACUCUCUCCAAGCUUUAACUGCUAUUCAUCUGAAAGCUUAACAUCCAGAUCUAUCGCCAAAGUGAUGCGUGAAGAAGAACAUGCGCUUCAGUUUCACCAAAACGACGACCUUGAACUCCAAGAUUUCCAGUUCUCCUUCCUCCUAAACGACGACGUUGAUCACGCUUCACGAGGUUUAAUCACUUUUCCAGUUUUCAACCGAGAUCUGAUAAACGAUGACGUAAAUCGUGAAAUUAAACCGAGAGUUGAUGAAAAUCGUGAAAUUCACGCUUCGUUUGCCGUUGAUUUUCCGUUUUUUAACGUAGAUCUGGUAAACGAUGAAGUAGAUCAUGAAAUCAAACCGAAAACUGAUGAAAAUCGUGAAAUUGACGCGCUACGGAAGCUGUUUGUGGACGAUUUAGAUGAAUCUUCUUCGUAUUCAUCGUCGGAAAUUGAUGAGUUAGAAAACAUACCUUCUGGAACGUUCUGUGUAUGGAGACCUAACAUAACCAGUGAAACUGACACGUCAUCAGCGGUUAUGGCGAAAUGUAAGAAGAGUAGUUCAACCGGAUCCGGAUCUAAGCGGUGGAGGAUCCGGUAUUUGCUCCGGCGGAGUAACAGCGAAGGUAAGGAGCCGAUGGUGCUGUUAAGUUCUGAACAGAAACGGAGCUCCAGUGAGGUUUUGAAGCAGAAACGGAGCUCCGGUGAGGUUUUGAAAGUUGCAGGCCGGUGGAAGGCGGGAACGCCGAUUCAUGAACAGUUUUAUGUGCAGAGAAGAGCGGAAAAUGAAGUCGGAAAGAGGAAAUCGUAUCUUCCGUAUAGGAAGGAUCUCGUAGGGUUGUUUGCGAACGUUAAUGGAUUGGGAAAGAUGCUUCCGUUUUGAAAUGAUUCGACGCAAUUUUGUAAAUAUGUUCUAAUUAAACAUUAUAUAUUAUAUAUGAGUAUUUAGAAGUAGGUUAAGUUUAAAAAAAAUAUUAUGUUUUCCAUGUAGCAAGUUCUCAUUGAUUGAUUAAUCUCCAUAAGUUUAUUCAAUGCACACGGAUUAUUAA